AUGUUCAUCCCAACCAUCGUUACCAUCUCUUGCCUCAUCGUUCUCACCAACGCCCUUCCUCUCAUUUCACCUACGAAUGAUACCCACGAGAGGUUGACCCAAGGAGACACCUACGACAUAGUUUUCAAGAGACAGUGUCCAUCAAGCGGUGAGAUUUGCGUAAGGGUAGGAGGGGUAUUCCAAUGUUCUCCUUGUACCAGUUCUACCGUGGAUGAUCAACAAGUUUCUGAUGAGGAAAAUGGGGUGGUCGAAGCUUGA